AUGCUCACGCCCACGGUAGCCCGCCGGUGUGCAGUUCCACCGGCGGCAACCCGCCUCUCAAAUAUCUGGUUCCCGAGCGGCGGGAUUGCCGCUUCCGAGGUCGAAGAUUCUCAUGCAAGGUUGAUUCGUGCCGGCUUCCUUCGCCAGUCGAAUGCUGGCAUGUUCCACUUACUUCCUUUGGGGCACCGGGUGCUACAGAAGAUCGAGAGGAUAGUCGCUCGCCACAUGGAAGAGUCCUUGGGUGCGUCUCAAGUCUCAUUGUCGUCCGUGUCGGCUCGGUCUCUUUGGGAGAGAAGUGGCCGUUUCAACACUGUCGAAUCUGAGCUAUUCAGGUUUUCCGACCGCAAAGGCGUGCCGUACUUGUUGGCCCCUACACAUGAGGAGGAAAUCACGUCCUUGGUGGCUGGAUCAGUCCGGUCGCAUAAGGAACUUCCUCUCCGACUGUACCAAAUUACGCGCAAGUACCGAGAUGAAUUUCGUCCACGUCAUGGCCUCCUUCGUGGGCGAGAGUUCGUUAUGAAAGACCUGUACACCUUUGACAGCACGGCUGAGGCCGCGAUAAAGACGUACGACAAAGUACGUGCCGCUUAUGACCAGAUUUUCGCCGACAUGAAACUGCCAGUCCUAUCAGCAAAGGCUCAUUCUGGCGACAUGGGGGGGGAUCUAAGCCAUGAGUACCAUCUCCCGACGAGCAUUGGGGAGGAUCGUGUCAUCAACUGCAACACCUGCAAUUACAUCGCCAACGAGGAGGUCGUCGACAAAGCAGUAUCCGAAGAGCCUGAGCUCGACGUACCUGUUGGGGUCUGGCGAGGUAUCACCAAAGACCGAAGGAGGUUGGUCAACGUGUGGUACCCCAAGCGAAAAGGGCGAGUGGACGGUGGUGAAACACGCGAAUAUACAGACCGGGAUAUUGACCUGUCUGUGGUGAAAUCCAUCGUACCUGACAUUGACACCGCGGUAGAGGACGCCCUGCCGUUCUGGUCAGGCGCUUUGGCUGGCCAGACAAGAAACACAAUUAAAGUGGUCCAUAUUAUUGAUGGCCACCUGUCGUUUUCGGUGGCUGGGGGCUUGGAGAGCUCCCUCACCAUUCCCCCAGCCUGGCCCUCGGCAUUGACGCCACCGGAUAUGCCCCUGGAGGUUUCUUAUCAUCGUGCGGCCCGCCCUGGAACUGAGAAGCUCAGUCUUCUACGAACCCGUACCGGCGAUAAAUGCCCCAAAUGCCCCUCGGGGACCUUGACGGUGGAAAAGGCUAUGGAGCUGGGGCAUGCAUUUUAUCUGGGGACGAGGUACUCGCAGCCGCUAGGGGCCAUGGCCACCGCACCGGCAAGUGGGCUGUCGACACCUAUGCAAAUGGGAUGUUAUGGCAUUGGAAUAUCUCGCAUAAUGGGCGCUGCAGCGGCGCAUUUUGCAGACGAUGUUGGCUUCAACUGGCCCUUGUCAAUAGCACCGUUUUCAUCCGUUAUCGUACCCGGGAAUGGCAUCGACGACGGGGAUGCGAUGCUUGUGCAUGGCGUACUGAACAAUCUGGCGGAGAACAGGAGGCAGGUACUCGACAUUGCUGUUGACGACCGUCAGAAAUCAUUGCCAUGGAAAUUGAAGGACGCAGACCUCAUCGGAUACCCCAUCAUCGUGUUGCUUGGCAGAGAGUGGAAACAUAAAUCAGAAGUUGAGGUCCAAUGCCGUAGGCUUGGUAUAAAACAGACAGUUAGCCUCGACGGGCUAAAUGCGACAGUGUCAGGAAUAUGUCAGUUAUUAUAA